CCUUCGUCUCUUGUCCUCAUUUCACCCGCGGAGCUCCAACUGGAAACAGUGUGUGUGAGUUUCUCUGGAUAAAGAAAUAUCUCUUCUUCAGUUCAUUAAAUCCUCAGAUUGAACACAAUGAAGACCCUGAUGUUUGUGGUCCUGCUGGGAAUAGGUCUACAUGGCGCUGCGGCAGUGACUCACUCUCUGAAGUAUUUCUACACUGCGUCUUCUGGAGUCCCAAACUUCCCAGAGUUUGUGGCUGUUGGGUUGGUCGAUGAAGGUCAGAUAGAUUACUAUGACAGUAACACCAGGAGAGCAGAACCCAAACAGGACUGGAUGAGCAGAGUCACAGCAGAGGAUCCUCAGUACUGGGAGAGGCACACUCAGAUCUAUCUGGGUAACCAGCAGACCUUCAAAGCCAGCAUUGAAACUGUGAAGCCGCGCUUCAACCAAACUGGAGGUGUCCACCUUUACCAGAACAUGUACGGCUGUGAGUGGGACGAUGAGUCUAAUGAGGUUAAUGGUUUUAUGCAGUGGGGUUAUGAUGGAGAAGACUUCGUAGCAUUUGACCUGAAGACAGAGACAUACAUCGCUCCGACACCACAGGCUGUCAUCACCAAACACAAGUGGGAUAAUAACAGAGCUCUCAUAGCACAGACAAAACAAUACCUCACCCAGAUUUGCAUUGACUGGUUGAAGAAGUAUGUGGACUAUGGGAGGAGCUCUCUGCUGAGAACAGACCGUCCCUCAGUGUCUCUCCUCCAGAAGACUCCCUCCUCUCCAGUCCGCUGCCAUGCUACAGGUUUCUACCCUAACAGUGCCACACUCAUCUGGAGGAAAGAUGGAGUGGAGCUUCAUGAGAACGUGGACCACGGAGAGAUCCUCCUCAACCACGAUGGAUCCUUCCAGAUGAGUGUUGACCUGAAGCUUCCUUCAUCAGUCACACCUGAAGACUGGAGGAGGUACGACUGUGUGUUUCAGCUCUCUGGUGGGAAGAACGACAUCGUCACCAAACUGGACAAAGCAG